AUGAGGGAAUUCAGAAGAUACAACAAUGACGGACAUCACCAGAGAAAACAUCAUUACCAUAGAUCGUAUGACAACUAUAACAAUACUCACAACGAUAAAUAUAAAACAAAUACUCACUAUAACAGAAUAAACAAAUAUGGCAGAAGAAACACCUAUCAUAACUAUGAAGAAAGGAAUCAACAAGUGCACGUGAAAAUUUCAAACCUGGACUACACUAUCUCUAAGAAUGACCUAAUGGAACUUUUCAGCAACGUGUGCAACGUUGUAAAUGCAUGGAUAAAUUACGACCACACGGAUAGAUCAGAUGGAACAGGUGUCUGCGUUUUCGAAAAUAUGAACGAUGCACAGAAGGCCAUAGACAAAUAUGAAGGGUCAGAAAUUGAAGGAAUGCCAAUAAAAAUGGAGAUAAUUCACAGAAAAAAUUAUGGAUACAGAAAAAAACAUAAAAGCAGAUGCCCAUGGUAG